ACUUGAACCACAGUUCCUAACUUCAUGAUUCAGGGCGGAGAUUUCACCAAUGGAAAUGGCACUGGAGGGGAAAGGUAUGUCGUUUUAUAUGAUUGAAUGAAUGAACUAUAGUGAAAGCAGAUGCAAUGUCACGAUGGAAAGUUUAAAGGACUGACCCUACCUUCCUUUUUGUUAUCAACUCCAUAAUUUAUUGUUUUGCAACAGCAUUUACGGCGAAAAAUUCGCCGAUGAAAACUUCAAGCUUAAGCACGAAGGUCCCAUGUAUUUGAGUAUGGCCAAUGCCGGUAAGUGUUGAAUGCUUCUUUGUUAUCAUCAUCACACAUUUUCGAGGCUGAUUUUCCUCUGACGACUAGAAGAAAUAGUUACACUGAUUGUCGUUGCUAGUAUAUACUUUCUGUAUCUGUUUGAAUGAAGUUCUCACAACUCAUAUAUAUUUUCUAUUGCGAUUUCGAUGAAAAUUUUCGGUUCGUAGGACCCAACACCAAUGGAUCGCAGUUCUUCAUCACCACCGUUAAAACUUCUUGGUUGGAUGGAAGACACGUUGUUUUCGGAAAGGUCCUCGAGGGAGAAGAUGUUGUGAAGGCAAUCGAAGCCGUAGGAUCAGGAUCGGGCGCACCAUCCUCUACUGUAACCAUUUCUGACUCAGGAGAACUAUAAAUGGACUUCGUUUUAAGGUAAUAGGCCGAUCAGGAUUCAAUGGAAGCCAUAUUCUCAAUUGACUUUGAUGCUUAUCAUUCGAGUUCAUUGAGAUGUUUCUCUGUCUCGGAAAUCAAGAUUGAUUUUUCCCAUCUUUUGAGAAUCAAACAAUCAUAACUACAUGACACUUAACGCUUAGAAUGGUCCCAGUGCAUAUAUCGGUGGUUCGUAUGAAAAUUUGAGAUGAGUCAAUCAGCUAUCAUUCUUUUGACUCGUUUGAUAGUUUAGCAUUUUGGUUCGAGCGUUCUUUCAAUGUUACUGUUUGCAUUGAUUCGUCCUCUAAAUUGAUACUGUACGCACUAUGAAUCAGACUGAAUGGAUGCAUGCGGCAUGGAAGACAUCGGUGCUUCUUGGUAGUGUGCAACAGACUUCCGCUAUGCAAGAUACGUUUUCAUUUUUUCGUUCGCCAUUGCAAUGGGKAUUUGGUGCACGUAUGGAAGGACUAUGCAGUACAGUAGCCACUUACUGGUUGAUAACGUACAGUACCGUACGUAGGGUGGGUUAUGCUUCAGCAUCGUGCUACUACGUACAGUACGUACUCUUAAUUGUACUCCUACUUACAGAAAUGAGUCGAACGUAAGUAAGGUACGCUACGGACACUACAGUUUUGAACGGUACGGUAGGGAAUAGAUUUCGACAAGAAUUUUUGAUUGUUGAGAUUCUCGCGGGUUCGUUGUUUCCGCGCGAUGUAACUACCGAACGGUACCGUAGUUCAAAAUUAUGAAGCACCCUGGUUCCCUUUUGCUACGGUAAUGUACAUGUUCACACAGCAAAGAGGUGCGUAAAAACGAUCCAUGGGAACACCAAGCGUUGCCAUCGGAAUGAUCGAGCCAAUUGCCGCAAGCAAAAUGGUUCCUCUGCCAUUCACUGUCUACCGUGGAUUGAUCGGGAAUGCCAUUGCAAUCGUAUCGAAUCGCAUCGCAUCGCACCGCACCGCACUGAUUUCGAUUGACCGUCGAAGGAAGAGGAUCGAACGCGAUCGAUCCUCCCCACUUUUUCCCGCUUUGUUCGCGCGAUCUUUUCUGAUGGAUUCCAUCGCGUCUAUGUCUCAUAACGUGAAAACGGAAUUUCCCUCCCUGUUUCUUGGGGAAGCGAGCGAGACAUUAAUUUCCUACUGCAUUUUACGAGUCUAUGUACUUCGUGUUACCAUCUGUCGUUGCAUCGUUACUGUUACGUCGUACGAAUACGAUAACUCGUAAAUAAUUGGGUUUAGCAAUC